AUGGACUGCUGCCUGGCUCUGGCAUGGACACUCUUGGUUGGGCCUUGGACACCCAUGGGAGCUCAGAACCCCAUCUCAUGGGAGGUGCAGCGUUUCGAUGGGUGGUACAACAACCUCAUGGAGCAUCGAUGGGGCAGCAAAGGUUCUCGGCUGCAGCGCCUGGUUCCAGCCAGCUAUGCAGAUGGCGUGUACCAGCCCUUGGGAGAACCCUACCUGCCCAACCCCCGAGACCUUAGCAACACAGCCAUGAGGGGCCCUGCAGGGCAGGCCUCCCUGCGAAACCGCACAGUGCUGGGGGUCUUCUUUGGCUACCACGUGCUCUCGGACGUCGUGAGUGUGGAGAGACCCGGCUGCCCUGCCGAGUUCCUCAACAUCCACAUCCCGCGGGGAGACCCCGUGUUCGACCCCGACAAGCGUGGGGACGUGGUGCUGCCCUACCAGAGGAGCCGCUGGGACCCCGAGACCGGACGCAGCCCCAGCAACCCCCGGGACCUGGUGAGCUUCCUGCAGAAAACGCCCCCGGAGUAUGCAGGGUACCGUCCUUUCCUAGACCCCAGCAUCUCCCCGGAGUUCGUGGUAGCCUCUGAGCAGUUCUUCUCCACCAUGGUGCCCCCUGGCGUCUACAUGAGAAAUGCCAGCUGCUACUUCCAGGGGGUUAUCAAUCAGAACUCAAGUGUCUCCAGAGCUCUCCGGGUCUGCAACAGCUACUGGAGCCGAGAGCACCCAAACCUACAAAGUGCUGAAGAUGUGGAUGCACUGCUGCUGGGCAUGGCCUCCCAGAUUGCUGAGCGAGAGGACCAUGUGGUGGUUGAGGAUGUGCGAGAUUUCUGGCCUGGGCCACUGAAGUUUUCCCGCACAGACCACUUGGCUAGCUGCCUGCAGCAGGGCCGGGAUCUGGGUCUGCCUUCUUAUAACAAGGCCAGGGCAGCACUGGGCCUGUCUCCCAUUACCCGCUGGCAGGACAUCAACCCUGCACUCUUCUGGAACAAUGGCACUGUGCUGGAGGCCACAGCUGCCCUGUACCACCAGGACUUGUCUCGGUUGGAGCUGCUCCCAGGGGGGCUCCUGGAGAGUCAUGGAGACCCCGGUCCCCUGGUCAGCACCAUUGUCCUUGACCAGUUUUUGCGGCUGCGGGAUGGUGACCGCUACUGGUUUGAGAAUACCAGGAAUGGGCUGUUCUCUGAGGAAGAGAUUGCAGAAAUCAGAAACACUUCCCUGUGGGAUGUGCUAGUGGCUGUCACCAAUGUGGACCCCAGUGCCCUACAGCCCAAUGUCUUUUACUGGCUUUCAGGAGACCCCUGCCCUCAGCCAAGACAGCUCAGCACCGAAGGUCUACCAGCCUGUACUCCCCUCAUCGUUCGGGAUUAUUUUGAGGGCAGUGGAUUUGGCUUUGGGGUCACCAUUGGGACCCUCUGCUGCUUCCCGCUGGUGAGCCUGCUCAGCGCCUGGAUUGUUGCCAGGCUCCGGAUGAGGAAUUUCAAGAGGCUUCAAGUCCAGGACCGCCAGAGCAUCAUGUCUGAGAAGCUUGAGGGGGGUGUGGAAGCUCUGGAAUGGCAGGGUCACAAGGAGCCCUGCCGGCCUGUGCUAGUGCACCUGCAGCCCGGGCAGAUCCGUGUAGUGGACGGCAGGCUCACUGUGCUCCGCACUAUCCAGCUGCGGCCCACGCAGCAGGUCAACCUCAUCCUGUCCAACAACCAUGGACGCCACACUCUACUGCUCAAGAUCCCCAAGGAGUAUGACCUGGUGCUAAUAUUUAACCUGGAGGAAGAGCGGCAGGCACUGGUGGAAAACCUUCGGGGAGCUCUGAAGGAGAGUGAGCUGAGCUUCCAGGAGUGGGAGCUGCGGGAGCAGGAGCUGAUGAGGGCAGCUGUGACGCGGGAGCAGCGGAGCCAUCUCCUAGAGACCUUUUUCAGGCACCUUUUCUCCCAGGUGCUGGACAUCAACCAGGCGGAUGCAGGGACUCUGCCCCUGGACUCAUCCCAGAAGGUGCGGGAGGCCCUGACAUGUGAGCUGAGCAGGGCUGAAUUUGCUGAGUCCCUGGGCCUCAAGCCGCAGGACAUGUUUGUGGAGUCCAUGUUUUCUCUGGCUGACAAGGAUGGCAAUGGCUACCUGUCCUUCCGGGAGUUCUUGGACAUCCUGGUGGUCUUCAUGAAAGGCUCCUCAGAGGAGAAGUCUCGCCUUAUGUUCCGUAUGUACGACUUUGAUGGGAAUGGUCUCAUUUCCAAGGAGGAGUUCAUCAGGAUGCUGAGGUCCUUCAUCGAGAUUUCCAAUAACUGCCUGACCAAGGCCCAGCUGGCCGAGGUGGUGGAGUCCAUGUUCCGGGAGUCGGGCUUCCAGGACAAGGAGGAGCUGACGUGGGAGGACUUCCAUUUCAUGCUGCGGGACCACGACAGUGAGCUCCGCUUCACACAGCUCUGCGUCAAAGGGGUGGAGGUGCCUGAAGUCAUCAAGGACCUCUGCCGGCGAGCCUCCUACAUCAGCCAGGAGAAGCUUUGUCCCUCUCCCAGAAUGAGUACCCGCUCUUCCCGCAGUGAUGUCAAGACCGAGUUGACACCACAGAGACUGCAGUGCCCCAUGGACACAGACCCUCCCCAGGAGAUUCGACGGAGGUUUGGCAAGAAGGUAACGUCUUUCCAGCCCUUGCUGUUCACCGAGGCGCACCGGGAGAAGUUUCAACGCGGCCGUCUCCACCAGACGGUGCAGCAGUUCAAGCGCUUCGUCGAGAACCACCGGCGCCACGUCGGCUGCGUGGCCGUGUUCUACGCCACCGCCGGGGGGCUGUUCCUGGAGAGGGCUUACUACUAUGCCUUUGCCGCACACCACGUGGGCAUCACGGACACCACCCGCGUGGGCAUCAUCCUGUCGCGGGGCACAGCGGCCAGCAUCUCCUUCAUGUACUCCUACCUCCUGCUCACCAUGUGCCGCAACCUCAUCACCUUCCUGCGAGAGACCUUCCUCAACCGCUACGUGCCCUUCGAUGCCGCCGUGGACUUCCACCGCCUCAUUGCUUCCACAGCCAUCGUCCUCACAGUCUUACACAGUGUGGGCCAUGUGGUGAAUGUGUACCUGUUCUCCAUCAGCCCACUGAGCGUCCUCUCCUGCCUCUUCCCUGGCCUCUUCCAUGACGACGGGUCUGAAUUUCCCAAAAAAUAUUACUGGUGGUUCUUCCAGACUGUUCCAGGCCUCACGGGGGUCAUGCUGCUCCUGGUCCUGGCCAUCAUGUACGUCUUCGCCUCCCACCACUUCCGCCGCCGCAGCUUCCGGGGCUUCUGGCUGACCCACCACCUCUACAUCCUGCUCUAUGUCCUGCUCAUCAUUCACGGCAGCUUCGCUCUGAUCCAGCUGCCCCGUUUCCACAUCUUCUUCCUGGUCCCGGCACUUAUCUAUGGGGGGGACAAGCUGGUGAGCCUGAGCCGCAAGAAGGUGGAAAUCAGCGUGGUGAAGGCAGACCUGCUGCCUUCAGGAGUGACCCACCUGAAAUUCCAGCGGCCCCAGGGCUUUGAGUACAAGUCAGGACAAUGGGUGCGGAUCGCCUGCCUGGCUCUGGGGACUACCGAGUACCACCCCUUCACGCUGACCUCUGCACCCCAUGAGGACACGCUCAGCCUGCACAUCCGGGCUGUGGGGCCCUGGACCACUCGCCUCAGGGAGAUCUACUCACCCGCAACGGGUGACAGCUGUGCUCGAUACCCGAAGCUGUACCUUGAUGGACCCUUUGGAGAGGGCCACCAGGAAUGGCAUAAGUUUGAGGUGUCAGUGCUGGUGGGAGGGGGCAUUGGGGUCACCCCUUUUGCCUCCAUCCUCAAAGACCUGGUCUUCAAGUCAUCAGUAAGCUGCCAAGUAUUCUGUAAGAAGAUCUACUUCAUCUGGGUGACACGGACCCAGCGGCAGUUUGAGUGGCUGGCUGACAUCAUCCGGGAGGUGGAGGAGAAUGACCGCCAGGACCUGGUGUCUGUGCACAUCUACAUCACCCAGCUGGCCGAGAAGUUCGACCUCAGGACCACCAUGCUGUACAUCUGCGAGCGGCACUUCCAGAAGGUGCUGAACCGGAGCCUGUUCACAGGCCUGCGCUCUGUCACCCACUUUGGCCGCCCACCUUUUGAGCCCUUCUUCAACUCCCUGCAGGAGGUCCACCCACAGGUCCGGAAGAUUGGGGUGUUUAGCUGUGGCCCCCCUGGCAUGACCAAGAACGUGGAAAAGGCCUGUCAGCUCAUCAACAGACAGGACCGAACUCAUUUCUCCCACCAUUAUGAGAACUUCUAGGCCCCCUGCCCAGGGGCUGUACCCACUGCCCAGCUGAGCAGAGGUUUGGGCCCACACCUCACCUCUGUACUUCCUGUUUCAGGCUGCCUCUGCCUUUUCCCCCUUCCUACCUUCCAACCUUGGUCCAGGUGGCCAUGGUCAGUCACCAUGUGUGGGCUCCGAGACUUCCAGGCCUAGAAUAUGUCUCAGCCUGGAGAAGUAGGGGGCACUUUCUAGGGACUAGAGGUUGGGAAGUGGGGGGAAGCUAUUGGUUUGGGGCAAAGUGAAGACUUUUCUUCUAGGCUAAGGAACAAAAAAUCAAAAGACAAGCUUAUAAGUAAUGUAAAUGUGUGUGUGUGUGCAUGUGUGCCUGUGUGCGUGCGUGUGUGUGUGUGUGUGUGUGUGCACAGAGGGCUGUGAGCCUAAGGAUGAAGUGGGAGCACAGAUGCGGGCAUCUUAGAACCCUCCCUUCCCCCCAACCUCCCCCUCUUCUGGGCUCCCCACUUUCAAAAGGGCUGGCAAAUGCCUUGGAGAGGGAAGAGGCUGGACCCACAGCAAGCAACUUACAAAAACUCCCAUAGCACCCUGGUCUAGCAGCACAGUUGAUUUUCUCUCCCAAGUUUUUAAACAUGUACAGACUUUGGCCCAAUACCUAACUAUGCAGUGCUCCUAAAUCCUCUUCUCCCUGCUCCAAUAGUCUUUACAAAUAAAUCACUUUUCCACCUUCAA